AAUACGUAUUGUCAAUUUUGUAAAGUUCCCAUAGAUAUGGGAAAGUUUUGUUGGACGAAGGCUUGUAAAUAAUUGUCAUAAAGAAUUGGUUUGAUAUUGGAAUCUGUUGGGAAACUUGCGGAAAAAAGAAAUGCAUAAAUUUGUAAGGGUUUCAGAGCACUUCAUUGAAAAAACCAAUAACAGUAAAAAUAAGAUCGAAGAGAAAUGUGCAGAACUUUUCUAGGAUUUAUUUUUACGCACAAUUGAAGAAUUUCAUAAAAAAGUCAAGUCCUUCCUAAACCAGAAUAUCUAAGUGUGUUGUUGGAUGUGUGAUUCAACAUGUAUAUUUGUUACAUGAAAAGAAUAAAAUAAUCAGGUUUUUAUUUUCGAAUAAAGAACUUACCAGAAGACACGUGCUUUUUUAUAACUAUUAAAAAAAAUGUGGCAAAUAAAUUACCUCGUAUUUUAAUGGAAUGUGAUUUGGCUGAAACAACAUUGAACGAAAAUCCUUAUCUAUCAAGUUUUUAGAUUAGCAGUAGUGCAUGGUCAUGUUUAUCAGCUAUGUGUUAAUAAGGCUGUUGAGUAACUAGGCAGGUAGAUAGUACCGCGUAGGUCGGCGAGGAGGCCUGUGCGUCAUGAUGCUCUAGCGGCUGACUACAGCAGUACGACCACCACACGGCGCCGCCAUGUUGAGGGUUCUAGAGGCUAUAGGCGUCCUAGCGCUCUGCAUCAAGGGUGUCGUGAUCUUCGGCGCUUUACUCAAAUGGAUUUACAAGGGUGUGAAAGCUUCGUCCUUCAGGCUGGAAGAGACAGGAAGGUGGGCUGUCAUUACUGGUGCUACAGAUGGCAUUGGGAAAGCAUUCGCUGAAGCGUUGGCUGAGAAAGGCAUGGACGUGGUUCUCAUCAGCAGGACGAUGUCCAAAUUGGAAACUGUUGCUAAGGAAAUAAGAGACGAAUACCACGUGAACACCAAGGUGAUUGCUGCAGACUUCACCGCUGACGACAUCUACGACAACAUCCGGAAGGAGUUGUCUGACCUCGACAUCGGAGUGUUGGUGAACAACGUCGGUAUAGCUCAUCCAUACCCUGACAGGUUCCUGGAUCUCCCGGGCCAUGACAGGGUGUUCCGGGACAUGGUUCAGUGCAAUGUGACCGGUGUGAUGGCGAUGUGCCUGGUGGUCUUACCGGGCAUGUGUGAGCGCAGACGGGGCGCCAUCGUGAACGUGGGUUCUAUGUCGGCCGAGAUGCCGAACCCGAUGUUCACCGUCUAUGCUGCAACUAAGGCCUUUGUCUCCAAGUUCAGCCUGGAUCUGGCCUCAGAGUACAAGAGGGACGGGAUAACGGUGCAGUGCUUGACACCAGGCUUCGUGACCACCAAGAUAAGCAUGGCCAGGGAACCUUCUUGGAUGGCUCCCACGCCGGAGAGAUACGUCCAGAGUGCCCUCAAGUCUGUCGGUUACGGGGGGAAAUCCACUGGGUACUUUCCUCACUCCUUGAUGCUCUUCUCUAUUCACGCCCUGCAGUUCAUCUCCUCAACCCUCGUUUACUGGAUUGUUACUCGAUCCAUGGAGAAAUUUCGAACGCGGGAAAUGAAGAAAAGAGAAAUCGCAAUUAAGACAUAAAACAAUUUAUACUUUAUAAAAUUUAUAAUCUUAAGCCGCACAUUAACUCAUAUGUCCAGAAAUUACUUGAUCAAACUAUUUCUUACGUCAAAAUAUUCAAGAAAUGUUUUACUUUUUCCGUCUUCCUGUCUGUGUACAUUUUCUUAAAAUGACAUAUUUAGAAAUGUUUAAGUUAUUAUGAACAAUUUAAUAUGAAUAUCUAGUUAUCUUAAUUACUUACAACUAAAGGAAGUAAUAUAAUCUUUAAUUACUGCUUUACAAUUGGAGCCGGUUAUAAAAAUUUCAUGAUGAACUUCAUAAAACCGAUAUAAAAUGUUUUACGAUACAUAAAAACUAGCUUAUAAAGCAAAAUGUUUACUCAUAAUUUUUUAUGAUCGGAUACUAAAUAUCUGAGAACCACAUUUAACUAUUUAUGUGUAAUUGGUUUAUAGAUAUUUACUAGAAUUUGAGUUCAUUCCUGGAAUAAGUUAUUUGUUAUCUGAUCAUGAAAAGUUAUGUAAUAAACGUUUUGCCUUUUGAUUAUCUAUUGUUUAUGUUUCCUUGCAAUUCUUUUUCUAAGAUUGGCUUUCGUAAAUUUUACUAUAAAAUAAUCGGAAAUUUUAAACGGUAAACAUAUUUAGUAUCAGUAAAUAUGGUUGCAGUAAGAUCAAUUCAUAUUUAUGUAAAAUUGCAGCACUACAACUAAACUCAUUUUAGAAUCAAGAAUUGAAAAAACGUCAAAAAUCUGGUAAAGUUUGGUCAGUAAUUUCUAGGCACUGUAUAAUUUUCAACACGCCACUCAUAAAUCUCGCCAGAAGAAUAAAUUAUGUUUUUUACAGGAUUGUGAUAAUAAAACAUCAUUUUUAAAA